AUGCUUGUGGCUGGAUCUCCGCCAAGACCACAGCCCAGUCCUGACAAUCCAACACCCAAAAGCCUGGCUGCACUCAAUCUAGUCUUUGGACCCAGUGAACCCAGCGCAGCAAGCAGAAUGCUAGGCUCCCAGACUCCCUUGGUUGGAGUCGAAGAUGUGCGAGAGACAUCUCAGGUUGAAGAGCCGAAUCAGGCAUUGAAAGAAGGUGAUGAGAACCAGCUUGCGAAAGACGAUUCGCCCCCAGAAGCGUUCAGCCUGACAGCUUUUACUGGAGACCAAGACUGCGAAGAGAGGAGAGCGGCUUACAGACAGGGAGGAUUCCACCCAGUCUAUAUUGGUGAAAUCUACAAUUGUCGUUACGUCAUUCUGCGAAAGAUCGGGUACGGACGGUACUCGACUGUUUGGCUUGUCAGAGACCUCACUGAGCCGAAAGGGAGUGAGCAUGAGUUCCGGGCAUUGAAAGUGCUAAGUGCCGAGUGCUAUAACGAGGAGACCCCCAUUCAUGAGAGGGAAAUCCUAAUACGCCUCCGCGAGACGGAUAAGUCACAUGCGGGCUACAAAUACAUCUGCCACCUAGUUGAUGAUUUCGAGCACAAAGGACCCAACGGAAAUCACGUAUGCCUCGUCUUCGAGCUGAUGGGAGAAACUCUUGACAGUUUCAGGGUGUGGUUCGCCAAGCACAUGCUGCCAAAUGUGUUGAUGAGGAAGUUCACCGCGCAGCUCCUGAUGGCGCUUGAUUAUGUCCAUGACUGUGGCGUCAUUCAUACAGAUAUCAAGCCAGACAACAUACUCAUCACCUACAGGAACCAUUCAUUGAUUCAGAGCUACCUCAGUGACUACCCAGAACCAACGCAGGACAGAAAAGCAGAGCUCUAUAGUCCAUUGAAAUCUCAAUCCCUAGCACAGUACUAUUUCUCGAUGGGCGAUCCCCCGGUUAACUUCAAUCUCACCUUAGGUGAUUUCGGAGUUUCUAGCUGGGCGGAAAAGCAUCUCACUGAGUAUAUUCAGCCGACUACUCUUCGCGCUCCAGAGGUGCUGAUCGGUGCCCCUUGGGACUGGACCACCGAUUGGUGGAACCUAGGGGCAGUCAUUCUUGAGGUUUUCCGUGCCGUUCAGAUGUUUUCUGGCAAGGAAGAUCAAAACAGCCCAUACAAGCUGACAAACCAUCUCGAGGAGAUAGUCGACUUCUUCGGCCCCUUCCCGAAAUCACUUCUAGAUCUAGGUGAUCAAGAGAUCGUACAGGAGUGUUUCAAUGAGGAUGGCACCGUGAAAGGGUCAGAGCCGCUGGGUCGUCCCGGCCUAAUCUCAGAUGUCUACAUGGAAGAUCUGCCGCAAGAAACAAGAGAGCUGUUUGUGGACUUUUUGCAUGUCCUCAUGAAGAUAGACCCGAAAGAGCGACUUCCUACGAUGGAAAUUCUGGUGCAUCCCUGGAUACGAGGCAAAAGGGCAGAUUAG